AUGCUAGAAACCCACCGCAGCCACGGUGAUCACCAACGCAGAGACCCCACCCGAGAUGACCGAGGCAUGACUGCUUUAAGUAGAUCCGCAUCGCCUGCUGCCGCUGCCGCUGCCGCUGUUAAUCGGUCCCGCGACACCCGCAGAGAGAGCUAUCAAGCCAAGCCUCGCGGUCGCUCAGUCGAGAAGCCUCAGCAACCCGGCGGACGACGCCGCCGCAAAUCCCGAGGCCGUAGCAAAGACCGCUCCAAUCACCACCCAUCAGAGCCGUAUUGGCCACGUCCGAGACCCGAUUCUCGAGACCGCAUCAGGCCUCUAGGCCCGCAUUCCGACGAACCGCUCUACUCGCGCGAUCAUCCUCCCCAACGAGAGAAGGGAGGCCCCCAGCAGGACUCCGACAGACAGCGCGCUGCGUCGCGUUCUCCAUCCUCGGCAAAACGCCCAAGGAGCUCGAGUCCACCCGUGAUUGGAUCCCAGUCGUCGAAGAAGACGAGGAGGGACCGCAGUCCUCGGCGACCAGGAAACGGCGCUUCAAAAUCUCCGAAUCCGACGAAAUCCCAACGGGACACCCCAUCAUCAUCUAGACGUCCUCGAUCCCCCGAGCGCCGAGAACGCCACCAGAGGCCCCGAGAAAGCUCUGGCCACUCCAAGCUAACGAGCCCAACUCGCCGCGCCUCACCAACGUCUUCAAGUCGACGGAGUCAGAACCACCCUCCACAUCCCAAGCGACCGCAUCCGAGGCAUCGAAGCAGAUCUCCUCUCCCCACCUCUCGGCCUUCCUCGAGGUCACGCCAUCUAAGUCCCGCAUCUCGAAGCAGUCGGCCGCCCACUUCAUCCGAUACCACCUCCCGAAGGAGACCCACUCCUGAUUUCGGUUCAUACAGCAGCUCCUAUCCUCCACCCCGUUCACCACGAGACCAGAGGGGUCCGAAAUCUAGCAAAAAAGGGAAGGGCCGGGAUAACCCAGGAUCGUCCAAGAAGUUCCAGCCAUCGUCUGGAGCAAACAGCAUAGAGGUGAACAUGUCGGCACGAGGCGGCUACCGCGGAGGCUACAAUCCUCCAAUGCAACCCGCCUUCCAAGGCCCACACGAUUCGCGAGUUUACUCCCAAUCUUCUGGGCACGCAACACCCAACUCGUCGUAUCACGGAUCCCCGCCCUCGCAUUCUCCGUACGGCGGAAGUGGCCGGGGCUGGAGCAGCCAGCAGCCAUAUUCACCCCAACAUAGGCAAUAUCCACCCCAAUAUCCGCACGGUGCUUACGGCACUCCGAACGGCGCUCAGGGCCAUUUCCAGGGCCAUUCACAACCGUACCCCCCCCACGGUCCGGCUUCUCAAUACCCCCAAGGGCCAUAUCGAGGUGGUCAUCGGGGAGGGCCAGGCGGCUUCAGGGGGGGGCAGUUCGGCUCUGGCCGUGGCAACCAUCGCGGCGGCGGCUUCAAGAACAGUCAGUGGAACUCGAAUGUACCCGCCAGUAAUGGUCGGGGCCAGCAUGGAGUAGGCGACGAAGUUGAGGCGUCGAACCUGAGCGCUCAGCCAUCUCCAUCCUCAAAUCGUGUUGAACAAGAACAUAAUGAUGGGGACACCGGGAUGGACGACAGCGAGAACCCAUUCCGCCCCUCGAAAGAUUUACAAGUUGAAGACACGGUAAAGCCAGAGGCUAGCCAGGAAGAGGACCAGAUGCCACCUCCGAACCGACCACCGCCGACCGGGCCGCAAUCUUCGUCUAAGUUUAGCUUCGCGUUCAAAGCAUCCAAGCCCGCCGUUGCCACUCCCAAACCAGAAAUAUCUUCAAAGUUCAAUGCACCGCCGCCACGGCGAGAGGCUCCUCGGGAUAACUCCAGGGACCGCGGCGGCUUGCCCCGAAAUGUGCCUACUGAACCCGCUUCGGCACGGCCGCGUGGCGGCGAGCAUAGGCAACAACAGGCGGAGCCGACCCCCAGGGUCCGGAAGGUCAAAAAGAUAAUGAGGCGCCCGAAGCCGAGACCGACGCUCUCCCCGGAAAUGGCUACUUCUGACUCGAUCUUCUUCCGAAAACCCGGCAACGAGUCCGUCAUCGGCUCGGGAACUUAUGGCAAGGUCUUCAAGGGCCUAAACGUCUACACCAAGAAGCUCGUUGCCCUGAAGCGAAUACGCAUGGAAGGAGAGCGAGAUGGCUUCCCGGUUACUGCGGUCCGGGAGAUCAAGCUUUUGCAAUCACUGAAGCAUACCAACAUCGUCAAUCUCCAGGAGGUCAUGGUCGAGAAGAACGACUGUUUCAUGGUAUUCGAGUACCUGUCUCACGACCUCACCGGCCUUCUCAACCACCCCUCUUUCAAGCUCGAUGCAGCCCAGAAAAAGCAUUUAGCGAAGCAGAUGUUCGAGGGGCUGGACUACCUUCACAACCGAGGUGUCCUACACCGUGAUAUUAAGGCUGCCAAUAUCCUAGUCAGCAGCGACGGUAUCCUCAAGCUGGCUGAUUUCGGCCUGGCUAGAUUCUACGCGAAACACCACCAGCUCGAUUACACCAACCGCGUCAUCACCAUCUGGUAUCGGUCACCCGAGCUGCUGCUCGGAGAGACCCAGUACGGGCCUCCGGUAGACAUCUGGAGCGCCGCCUGCGUCAUGAUGGAGAUAUUUACACGUCAUGCCAUAUUCCCGGGAGACGGCGGCGAGAUCAGCCAGCUGGACAAGAUCUACGCUGUUCUCGGAACCCCGAACAAGACAGAGUGGCCGAACCUGAUUGAGAUGCCGUGGUUCGAGCUGCUGCGGCAAGGCUACCGGAAGCCUAACGUUUUUGAGCAGAAGUACAAAGACCGCCUGCCUCCUGCCGCCUUUGACCUCCUCGCGGCCAUGCUACGUUACGACCCAGCAAAGCGCCCGACAGCUGCCGAGGUCUUGGAGCACCCCUACUUUACGACCGAGGAGCCGCCUCCUCGGCAGGCCAUCGAGCUCCAAAACCUUGACGGCGACUGGCAUGAGUUUGAGUCCAAGGCGCUACGGCGCGAGAACGAGAGGAGGGAUAAGGAAGCAAAGCGGGCCCUGGCGAAGGAGGCCGCGAGUGGCCGUGACAGGGACAGGGACAGGAAGAGGCCAAACGACGAGAGCGAACCUCACCGGAAUCCCAAGAAGCCACAUGUCAACCCAAAGCCGCCGGCCCAGUCGGACCGGGUGCCUGGACCGAGCUCUGUCGGGGGCUCGUCUGCCAACGUGGCACCGAGCAAGGCAUGA